AUGGUUUAUAAAACUAAUCCAAAAGUCCUUUUUGAAUAAUAAAUUGUUUCGAAUCCAUCUAGGCAGAAUCUAAAUCCACAAAAUUUUUCUUUUGUAAUGGCUCUGUUGGAUUCGAGUUUUAAUCCUAUCAACGACCCAAGCAUUUUUAGAUUUGUUGGCAACUUUGUUUACAAAGAAAAAACAAUCAAAUCUGAUGGAUCUGAAGGUUAACCAGUUUUUAAAAAUAAAGAGAUGGAAAUUGAGAUUUGUAAUGAAAAUAGCUUUCAGGUUUAGGGAACUUAGAGCUAUUUCUUGAAACUUUAGUAUUAGCAAAUGUAUUGCUUUAAGAAUAUAGAGGAUUUCUAUCUUGUAGGUUAGUUUGAAAUGGAUGAAUACUCUGCAAUACAAAUUUAUGUAGUGGUUUGUGAUGAUUCAGAUCCUAAAAACUCUGUAAAAUGUAUGGAAUAAACAAAAAAAAAUUAAAUACUUUCUACUGCAAUUUUGUAACUUUAUUACAUUAAUUAAUUAGUACAAUUAAGUAAUAAGGAUGAACCUUUUAGACCAAUGGGAUAAACUUAAUUUUGGGAAACUAAUAUUGAUUAUCUUUAAAAUAUCAAUUUAAUAUUUGUAAAAACUUACGUUGAAGAUGAUGAUUCUUUGCUAUUAUCAAAUAGUAAUAUAAAAAGCCAACUACUAUUUAACAAUGACAGGACUAUGCUGUAAACCAUAUAUAAUUACUCUCUAUAUUAAGUAAACAUAUUUCUACAAAAAAAUCAAGAGUAACACUACUAUAGGUCAUAUAUCAAAAUAUCUGAUGCUUUUUCUCAGAUAGGUGGUAUUUUCAACGUGUUUUUUGUAGUUGGUUGCAUUAUUGCUUAGCCUUACUCCUAAUUAUAGUUAAAUAGAAAGCUCUUUAAUGCUACUUUUGAUAUAAAUAAAAAUAAAAAAGAAAAAGUCUAGGAUGAUUCGAAAUCAAACGAUAGCAAUAAUUUUAGUGGUGAUGAAUGCAUUUAUUUCCCUUCUAAAGACUAAAUAAAUGAAAUUUAGGACCUAUAGAGAAAUUUUUCUAAUUCAAAUGGAAAUAGAAAAGAAAGAAAAAAAACAAUCUAAAAAUAAUAAAAUGAACAAAAUCAAUUUAGAAAAAAAAUCAAUAGAAAGCUUAGUCGAAAGUUUUCUGUUUUCUAACUGAGUGACGAUAUUUAAAAUUAAUCAAGAAACUAAAGUUUCAAAUAAUACGUGAAAGAAUAAUUCAAUAAAAUUUCAGUUAAAACAAGUGAAUUUUUGUACUACUAUUUGAAUUGUUUUAAAUUAUUUAAAUCAGAUGUUAUUGAAAUGGUGAAUUUUGGUACUUAAUAAAUACUAAGUUACACUGAUGUUUGCUUUGUUGUGAACAAAUUGAUUGAGUUAGAGAAGCUCAAAACGGUUAUUUUAAAUGAGUAAUAAGUUAAGCUAUUCGAUUUCAUUCCAAAACCUAAAAUUGACAUAGAACUUGUCAAACAAUUAAAAGCAAAAACAGUUUAAAAAAAAGGAAAAGAUUAAUCUCCUCUUCAAAGCAAAGAUAACAAUUUUAAUAAUACAAAAGAAUAAGAAUAUAAUUCAUCUUAUGGUAAAAAUCAAUUCAACAUUUUAACUAUACAAAACAGGACUGCUUAUGAAAAGGCUAUGUAAGCCCAAUAAGCUUUUAAUGAAAUCUAUAAAAACUAAAACUAGUAAUCUGAGAUAGAUUUGAAGCUAAUUUAAAUGUUGGACAGAAAUUUAACAUAAUUAUUUUAAACAAAUACUUUUAAUGAUGAUAACUUAUCUUUGUUGAAGAGUCAAUUUUAUAAUUAGAGAUAAAUUAUCUCACCAUUUUUACUGACUAAUGUAGAAAAAUUUUCUAACCAAAAAAAUUAAUUUAACAAUUCAAGGAGUAAAACAUUCCUUUCAACUCCAUAAAGUCCUUAAGAAAUGGCAAACAGCCUAGAAAUAAGAAAGGAUAUCCUAAACGAAUCUUAGAUUAGCGAAAAUAGCACAGGUAUUAAGAUUUAUCAAUAAAGACAAAAGUACUUUAAAAGCUCUACAGAAGAAAAAAACAAAAUAUUUUUGUAAACCAAAAUGUGA